AUGACUCCGACACCUGGCGACUCUAUGGCAGUCAGACUAACAGCGUUUUUCAUGAGGUGUUCCGGGAUCUGGGCGGAGGAUACAGUGCUUGGUCAACGUAUCAUGAGCCACGUCACAAGUUAUUCCAUCUGUUCUCUGUUAUUUGCUUUUACUGUUACUACUAAUGAUUUGUAUCAUUGUUUCGGAGAUUUUGGGAAAGCGGCUUACUGUGCACUGAAUGUAUCAAUCGUGGGAAUGGCACUCUACAAACAGAUAAUUUUCGCAACUCAACGAAAACUCUUUCUGGACAUCAUUAGCUACGCAAAAAAGAAUUAUUGGUAUCGUUCGUACGAUGAUUAUGGGGUUAGAGUAAUGAAGCAAUGUGCCACGAGGAGUGGAGUAAUCAUAAUAGCUAGUGUCGUUCUGUGUCAUGCGACCCUUAUUUUCUAUUACAUAAAGCCACUGAUCGUUAACCAAGGAAAAAACGAAAGUGACAGAGUUCUUCCGUUCAAAAUCUGGCUAGACUUGCCGGUAACUAUGACACCUUGGUAUGAAAUUCUAUAUGUUGUGGAGGUGAUCUCAGCGUAUCACUGCUGCAUCUGCUACUUCUGCUUUGACAACUUUUUGUGUCAAAUCAACAUAACUCUGGUCGGUCAAUUCAUGAUCCUUCAGGAGGAGCUGAGAAACAUCUGCGAUCGUUCUGAUGACUCCUCAAAAGCCACACCGAUGGAUGAAAUUUGUAUAUACCUGCGUUUCAAGAAGUGUAUUAUCAAGCACCAGGACCUUAUAAAUUUCAUAGAGCUAGUCAAGGAAUUGUACAAAAACACUAUCCUUGGGAUGGUCCUUGUUCUGAGUAUUUUGAUCUGUCUGGAAUUAUUUCUACUGAUCACGACCAGUGGCGAAUUGUUCACUGAAAUGCACUCCUUCGUGAACGUUUGCAGUGGUAUUGUCCAACUAUUCCUCUUCAUGCUGACCUGCAAUGACCUCGCCGAAGCCAGUGUGGAGCUUUCCCAUGCAGCAUACGACGUGAAAUGGUUCUUCUUACGAUCCGGAGUAUGGAAGAAGCAGUUAGUGCAUGAUCUUGCUACUGUCAUCCGACGCUCGCAAAAGCCGUGUAAUUUAGCAGUGGGUGGAUUUUCCUCAGUUUCAUUACAGACAUUCACUUCGAUUUGUAACACAUCGUUCUCUUAUUUAGCUCUGAUGAGACAGACCGUUAAUGAUUGAUAAUGAAACACCC